AUGGUUCGUGAUGCGGACUGGUAUACCUCCGGCUUCGUCCCAGAAACACCACCAAGCUCAACUCGCCCCACACUAUCGAGAGAAUCAAGCAAAGCAUCCUCAAGUGCCGAAAAUGCUGCAACCUCAGACUCGAAAGCCAACAACUCACAAACCAUUCCACCUCCACCAGAACUGUGCAAACCAACGUUCCGCAUGACACCUCGCAACCGCCAAGAAACCACCAACAAAGUCAUUCAAGACGCUGGAAAAGCCGCGGCUGAGCACCUGAGAUCUAGCUUCAAAGGCGCCUCAAAGCUGAACCCGUACUUGCGGGAAAUCGCUAAGCUCGAGAAUUAUCCCGAGCGGAACGGAUUCGAUUGGGAUGCUGCGAAACGCAAAGCUAGGGCUCGGGGGUGGAAGACGGGUAUUGAAGGUGGCACCAGUACGCCUUGGAUGCGGAAAGAUGCUUUGCGUAGGAGUUAUGAAGGAUUGAAUAAGAUCGCGAAAGAAGUUGCACCAGCGGUGGAGUCGCCAGCUGGAGAUGAUGUGCAGCGUGCGCCUAUGCCGAAUGGGAAGCUGAGGAGGAUUGAGAAGACCAGGGUCAAGAAGGCGCCGAAUUCGGCAAGGGAUAAUACUGAUACGAUUGAUCUGACUGGGGAUUCUCAUUGA